CGAUGGCUGCAGGCGGUUAUAGCAUUGCGCAUGCGUUGUUAAAGAAAGCAAUGUAAUGCCUUACCAUGGAACUAGUGUCUUACAUUCUCUUUCUCUUUUCAAUAGCAAGAUAAUUUCACUUGUACGAGCGUGUUAUACCUCUCCUACUCUAAUCCUAUGGGCAUCGCGGUAGCUUCGAAGGGGGGGAAAACAGCAGACGACGACAAGGCUGGAGACAGAGAACAGCAGCACAGUGAUUCGCCGUUGUUUGUGUUCGACGUUACGCUGCUGCUGAUCGCGCUCACGCAAUUAUACUCAACGUGCAAAUAAAUGUUGUUUGUCUUUGUUGGCGAUGUGAUUGUUUGUGAUUAUCGACAUCGACGGAACCGGUAGCGCUACGCACGAUGAUGCUCAAAUCGACCAAAGUCUUUCUAGCCUUCUUUGAAAUAAUUCUAGGCAUCUCUGCUACCACUCACUGGGUCGUUACCGAAAAUGGGAGAAUUCAGUCGCAGCCGGAUUCCGUGUUUCAAAUGCGCCGUCCUUACGACCUUGUUGCCUUCCUCGAGCAAGAAGAUCGUCGGAAUGCUGUUGACGCCUUGUACAGACAACUUGUGGCCAGAAAGGCUGCUAUUCACAGUCGCUGCGCUAGCCUGGACUCUGCAAUGGAUGUCGAAACUCGAUUGUACUCUACAGACCCUGAUUGCCUGUUGGCAGGUAAACCCCUCGCCGAUGUAGAUCUCUAUGCCAGCGUCGCGACUGAUGGAAGCUACAGAAAUGGCGUUACACAAAAGGAUUAUCUGCUAGACGGUGUUCCUAAGGACGGGAAGAAAAAAGUUCCUGACUGCAAAAAAACAUUUCCUUUGGAUUUCAGCAUGUUCACUUUCGAACAUUUGAGUGCAAUGCGGAACAGGAAAAACUUGACCCAGCAGCAGGAAAAGGGUCUGAUAAAGUACCUGCCGCCUGGAACGGAUCUCAAUAAGUUUGGACACCAAGUUGCUUACGGUCUCAUAAGAAACAGCAGCUCUUGGCUCCACUUUAACCUCGCUGCUAUAUACUGGCGGGUUAGAGGAGACUCGUACAACGCGCUCGAGUGCGGUCGCCGGGCCAUCGUCACAGCUCCUCGGAGGUAUCGUGACAUUGCUCUGCUCACGACAGGAGGAAUAUUACACGCUGCAAAGCACUCAGGUGAAGCAGCAAUAAUCUUACACACAGCGAUAAGCUAUGCCCCUACUCAGAGUCACCAACACUUGGCACUGGGUCAUGUCUACGCUGCCCUCGGCGACUAUAAUCGAUCGGUGGCUUGUUACGACAAUUGUCUCCGGCUAGCGCCGACGAUGGAUCAAGCAAGACAUGCCAAGCAUGCGAUACUGUGUCAUCAAAAGCUGGAAAUAGCUCUAACCUCGCUUCUCCAGCAACUGCAAGAUAUCCUGGCUGAACUUCACGCCUAUCAUGGACAGCAGGAAGAAUGGCUUAAGCUCCAGGAACGCGUAUUAUGGGAGCAGGCGCCCAAAGCGGCCUUCAUCAGAUUGCAGAAUGGUAAUAUUCAGGAGGAGACUCUAGGCACCAUUUUGACGACCAGGGGUCAGUCCUGCAUGCAGCGAGGUGGCAACGAUGCCAUCCUGACCUGCGACGUAACAAGCGAGAGUCAAAUGUUGGCACACAACUUGCAGAUAGAUCUGAGCGUCAGUUUCCAGCUAUUGAAAAACGUUGAGAAUCAGCUCACUAAGAUCGAGGAACAGAUGGCUAAAUCGAGAAGUUGGCAUGCAAGUAAGGAUCGCACGAUUAAGUCGACCGAGUUUCCCAAGGAAAGGGGACCCGAGUUUUUCACCGUGUUCAUGGAACCGACGGGCAGACCGAAGUAUCACAAUUUUAAGAUCAAAGAGGGAACCGAGGAAUUUGAGAACGAGAAAUGGCCCAGAGCUUCAGACUGCGAGGGUCGGUUGCCACUGUUGACCGAUUCGAAACAAUACGUUCCAGCAUACUUACCGCCGGAAAACAAAGGCUACGCAACUCAUUUGUUCGUGAGCGAACUGAUAGGCAUUGAUCCUGGCAAGGAACAUUCGCUUCCGUGGUAUCCACCAGCCUGUGAAGCACCAAAAACUUUCGAUGCCAAGUAUAUUUCUACGACGCUGUUAAAAGCAACAAUAGGAAACAACUUGCCAGACUCGUCGUUGUCCCAGGUUUUGAAAAGUCUAGUGAAAGACUCUGAGCUCGCCGAAAUCGGACAGCGGAUUCUUACUGCUACCAGAAGCAAAGUCGCUGCACCUUGGGUUUUGUCAAUGCUGGCUUCACUGCACUGGCGAGUCGUCGGAAAGCCGAGAAACGCUCUGGACUGUCUUCAGUUGGCACUGUCGACGGUUCCAAGCAAAUUCCGAGACGUUCCCCUAGUUAGUAUAGCCUCCAUAAGUCAAAAAGUUGGUCUCAUUGAGGACGCGCUGAGAGUGGCUAGGGAAGCAAUAGAAGUGAACCCAGUCGAGCCCAUCACCAAUUUCCUAUAUGGCUCUCUCCUGCAUGUCAAAGGUAACAAUUCAGGAGCUAUACACCAUCUGAAACAAACUCUGCGAGUCGACGUACAUGCCAUAAAUGGACGGGCCUUAACGAUGCUCAGAACAUUGGCAUGUCAGGAAUGGUUGAACAAUGGAGGACCCGAUUCUGCAGGAAGCCCCGGUGGCACGGAAACUUGCGGAGCGCCUCAUCUACCGCCAGAGAUGAUAACUAGGCACAAGCUUUGUGUAGGUGAAGCGGUGGUGUGCGACAGCGAUGGGAAAAACUGCAAACACGUGCAAUGCGAUGCAGUGAGGACGACUGGAGAUACGACCGGCAGUGCAAGGUGUACAAGAAAAGUGGAAAAAGUUAUCAAGCAUCAGAGUUUAAUUGACACACUGAUGACAACUGGGAACGAAGGCGGCGCAGACGAAUCUGAGCUGGAAAAUAUGGUGAAUAUGGAGCAAAACUCGUUUCACAUGCGGAUAUCUUGCGGCGACGAUGUCAAAGAGCCCGGGGUCAAUGUACUCGAUGAUUUUUACGUAUCCAUGACUGAGGAAGGCUCUAACGACGCUGGUUUACAAAUUCACGAUAUAACUGGAAUGUUUUCACUCAGUCCCAAGGGAUGCAGGGACAUGCGGCAUCCGCCUUCUCGCUCUUUUCAAUCUAUGUGGCAUCAUAUCACUGCCAGAAAUAUUGACAUCAGUCACGACCUAAAACCCUUAAAAGACGGUCCUUAUCAGCAGCCGAUAUGCGAAGGAGGAAAUCCCGACAUCAAUGACGUCGCGAAUCUGGACGCGUUAUCAGAAGUCUUGCCGAAUAUGACGGAAUUGGACAAUGCUGAAUGGCUGGCUCUCAUGGCUAAUGAUCAAAAAAGCACCGUCGAGCAACUGGGAGCCGGAAUAGCCGUUGCUUUGCGAAAAAAUUCUCGAUCGUGGACUUUAGCGACGGCCGCUGCCUUGUACUGGCGAGUCGACGGUCACAGUCGAAGAGCGGUCGAUUGCAUCAGACAAGCGUUGGUCAAUGCGCCAGAUGGAAUGCAGGACGUUCCACUGAUAACGCUCGCAUCUUUGCUAAGCAAACGCGGCUUUCAUCAAGACGCUUUGCGGAUAGCUGACCUGGCGCUGAUGAAAGGACCGGAAUUUGUGAUAAAUCACUUCUCUAUGGCGAAUCUGCACACGGCCGUGCAAGAGGAAAUAGAUAAGAAAAUAACGAAAAAAAUUGAUUUUCACGUCAAGAUCAAUUUUGUUUCCCCUCAGCGUUACUUCUACUUUGAUUUUCUUCUCGACAGGGUGAUUUUGAAAAGGCUAUAAGUUUUUAUCGAUCGUCGCUAGCUCUCGAUCCAAACUUUGAGCCGGCUCGCAGCAAACUUCAGGCUAUACUUUGCCUCCUUUUGUUUGAUGAGUCAACGCAAACUCUACGUGAGAUGACUGGCAACAACUGAGAAAAAACUUUAUACCUGCCUAUAUAUACUACGCGAAAUCCUAAAGUACAUAGUUCAUCGAUGAUAAUUUGCCGUGACUUGUGGGAUGUCAUUUUUAUUCGUCGCUUGAUUUUUUCAAUAUUUGAACAGUACUCAUAAGAUGCGGUAAACAAAUCUUUGAUCGGAAAGUAACGAACUGACUUUUAAUCUUAGAAAAGAGAGGGAUUUAUAAAUAUAUGCAUAUAUUUAUAUCACAUAUAUACCAAUAUAUACUAUACGUGAGGCGUGCCAUGUUGAAAUAAUUGAAAUACAUAGAUUCUGAGGUCGCUUUUUCUCCGAUGAGACUCACUCAAUUUCAUUCUAUAAUCGUUGAAAUUUUUGUCGUUAUGAAAAAAAAGUCUAUUUAUUUCAUGAUAUUAUAAUACCUAAAGUAUAGUAGGUAUAGAAAGGUAUGAAACCGGUACCUCUAUUUCGGGUAUUACACCUAACACAGUGUGCAUGAUAAUUCCAAAAUCCAUGUGAUCUUUAUGGGACGUAAGAGGAAUUUUUUUUUUGUCAAUAUGCAUAGCUAUUUCUCGAAGUCAUUUAACUAAUUAUUUAUUUCACUACGUAAGAAGAUAUCAUUAGGUUCUUUUCGUUUAUUUCCUUUCAAUGGGUGACAGGCGAUAGAGUUGUAGAAGAAAAUAGAUGAUAUGCAAUUUGUCUCCAAUGAUUGGACUAGAUUUUUCCUCGUUUUUCGUUAUUCUAGCUUGUCAGGUUUUUUUAGUUAGAUUAUUUCAUUCUUGGUAUCGUUACUUCAAAUGCAAUCGCAGGUGGAUUCAACUAGAAUAUUUGCAUACACACAUAAUGUAAAUAAUCUUAUCUAUUCCGAUGUUCGUUUCGAUCAAUAAGUGGGAGAAAUAAUACUUUUGAAUGAUAUUUUUUCAACGAAAAUAAUAGUAUUUAUAUUAUAAUGUUGAUUAAUCAACCGAUCAACUGAAUUCAACAUUAAAAUAAAUAUAAGUAUAAUACACCUAGUAUAUAUGCCUAUGAUUAUCCAUUACAUAGUGUAUAUUCGAAUCUAGAUACAUAUAGAUAUAGACAGAAUUAAGAGUAAUGAAAUGAAAGACAGAGUUUAGGGAUAGGGGAAAAAAAACUAAUUCAACAGCUUUUUUUUAGAUUCUUUUAUUAGUUUGUUAUUUAUCAUUUUUCAUAACUUCUUUGCUUGCGAAUUAAUUUUUGACUACACCUAUACUUGUAGGUUUUGGACUCAAUUAUACAUAGUUUUAAUUUUUUAAGACCAUAAUCUAAACAGUUUUACAUAUAUGAUAUGCAUAGGUAGGUAAAACGUUGUGAUAUCCGUUUUCCGUUUUUAUUCUUUCGUUUGGAAUGAGGUUUUUUUUUAUUGAGAAAGAUGGCGGAUGAAAAAAGAGAGGAACAGAACUUAACAGGGUAGAUGUCGUGUGGCAUCGCGUAGCAAUUUAGAGGCUGUCAUAUUAUGGUUUACAUAUACAUGUAUAUGUAUGAAUAUAUACACACUGUACAUAAUAAUUCUAUUAUAUUAUAUAAAAAAACAAAGAAAGACGCGGUCGCAUGCUUGAAUUGAAAGAAAUUAGCGAUUUGCGUGAAUAUAAAAAAAUCGCUUCAAAUCUUUGGGUUUAAAUGUGAAAGUACGUUUUUUGAAUGUAAAGUAGAAGAAGAAGAAGCAGAAGAAGAAGAAGAAGAAGAAGAAGAAGAAGAAGAAGAAUAAAUAAUAAAGCCAUGAAUAAUUGGAAGAAAAAGUGAAGAAAUAUCACUGCAUGAAGCACGGUUAUAAAUUUCUUAUUUUUUUUGCAAAACAUAUUUCUAAUCAUCUCACAUCUCACAGGUAACAUGAUAAAAUUUGACACGCAUUACAAGUUUAAUUACUCUACAGGAAAAAAUAGGUAAUGGGGGUGAAGAUUGAAACUAUGAAGCAAGAAGAAAAGGAAUCAAUAAGGAUAGUAACAAAUGAAAUGGAGAAAAGUUUUUAAAAAAAUGGAAUAGGAUGACAGUGGUUAUAGAAACGGAAAUUUAAUCUUAUUUGAGAUUCGUUACCAUGACUAAGCGAAUCAAGGCUGUGCAAAUAACGUAUCAUGAUUAAAUCAUAACCUGUAUGUAGAGUAAUGUUCAUUAAUAUGUUCCCAGUGGCUCACAGUGAUAUCUUUCUUGCAUCAAAGCGGGAACGAGUUUUCUUUCUAAUCAAAUUUCAUGUGCUAAUGACUAGAGACGUAAGUGAUAACAGAUACAAAUGAUACGUUGAUCACAACACGUAAAAUUUCUACACAAAGACAGCUCGUUUCAGUUUCGAUUUCAAAAAAGAUAGCGAAUCACUGAGAUCCCAUUAAUGAAUAUACAAUGUAUACUCAAGUGAUUAUGUGACGGCCGGAUGGUCCGUUAUCUGCUAUAAUGAAAUACGCAUGCGAUAAGAUUCAAGAGUAGUUAUUUGCCAGGGUGACCAAUCGUCACAAAUUCAUAUGACAGCCUUAAAAAUGUUGCCAGCUGUCUGUGUUGAGCACAACUGCCAGCGGCAACUGUUAAAAUUUUUGAGUUUACGUUCAUGACGGUUGGUCGCCCUGGCAAACAUCGGUUCUCGGAUUAUAGCGCAUGCGCAUUACAUUGUAGCAGAUGAUGGACCAUUCGGCCGUUAGAUAAUCACUCUGUAUAUAUAUACAAUUAUACACCUAUGUACCUGUCACGUAAGUCGAAAGAAUGACGAAGUACGCUGGUGAUUUAAUUCAAUAUUAUUAUACAUAUAAUAUUAAUAUACGAUAACAAUGAGUCAGCGGUAUGUUUAUUAAAUAUAUUAUUAUUAUAUACUUGUGUUUGCUCUGUACCAAAAAAAAAAAAAUUGCCCCAACGAAUCUCCGUUAUAUGCUAUAUAGACACAUGUAUGUACGGGUGCAUUGUAUGUACAUAUAUAUGAAAUAUAAAAAUAAGUCAUAAGAACGAAUAAAAUUUCACUACGACGAUGUAAUGCCUGGUGAUAUAAUACAUGGUAUAUCAUAAGUUACGUAUAUCGUUGUUUUCCAGUUGUUUCAGUUUGUUUGUUUAUUUUUUCUUUUAAUAUCGUCGGAGUGAAUUUUAAUCCUUUUGCUUAUUCAUUUGCCGAA